CGCCGCCUUCCCACACUCGCUGGCUCUUCCCUGGGUUGCCGUGUGUUUCGUUUUUUUCUUUUUUUUUCUCCGCCUUCUCUGCCUCUUCUCAUCCUUUCUCGCUCUCCAGCUCUGCGGUGUGACGAGGCCGAAUCCUCUCUGCACCCAGCCCUCUCGCCUUCCUUCUUCCUCUGCCCGCGCCGUUGUUCCAUUUCUCUCCCUCGGCCGCCGCCGCCGCUGUUGCACAGCUGGUGUCGGUGCCGCGCUUUUCCCCCCACGUCGUCCCUGCAGCCUAUGGCCCAGGCCGCCUUGGGUAUUUCUGCUCAAGGUAACCACAUCCCUCUUUAAAAAUUCCGCCGAAAAAGAGAAGACGCUUUACCCGACUCUUUGGGCCGUUAUCUCACGGCGAACUUUCUGACCAAGUAUACAACUACCCAGAGGGCCUAGGAGAAGUGCUGUAUAGAGAACAGUUCGACUUCAACGCUGAGCCACCUUGGGAACCUAGCUGAUGAUAGGGGGGUUCCAUCUCCUAACUUGUCCAUGGUCAUCUCUGCACACUUAAUUAAGCAAUUUGUCACAAGCUAACUGAAACAGCGAUUUGGCCACCCUUUUUUUCUGAUCCAGUGAGUAAUGUGAAGAGCACUGUGGCAUGAACAGAAAGUGCUUGUACAGCGCGCUGAGUAGCGAAGGGUCAGGCUGGUGAAGUUCAGUCUGCCCAAACCACACCCAGCGCCACGAGGUCCGCACUGCCUGUGUCUAGUGACUUGUAGCAGGAGCCAAGGAUUUACUUGGUAUGGAGUUUUGACUUUUGUUUGACUUGUUUGACUUACAAGUUUUGUAAACUUGUGAAUUGAAUUCAGUUGUUCAGAUGCUCGAUGCAAUUGAGUGCACAAUCAUCACAGAAAAUUCUGUUGGACAACAUCACUCUAGGAUAAUUUUACCAUGAAUGGAGGUCUUCACUUCAGAAAUCCGAGACUCAUAUUCAUCCAGCUUGGUGUCAAGUGGGCUGUUGCUGCCAGAAUUAUCUUGUGAUUAUUUGAGAGAUGUGUCAGUUUCUUCUGAAGUACAAUCAACUGUAGAAGCCUUUGUAGCAGUUUGUUGCAUAUUCUAAGGACCCAGACGUAAGGCUUGGUGGCCCGUCUCUUGUUUUUCCUGGUUUAUGACUUUCGGCUUUGUGGAAUACGGCUGAGAUGAAAGGAUUUAUUGACGAUGCAAACUACUCCGUUGGCCUGUUGGAUGAAGGAACAAACCUUGGAAAUGUUAUUGAUAACUAUGUUUAUGAACAUACCCUGACAGGGAAAAAUGCAUUUUUUGUGGGAGAUCUUGGAAAGAUUGUGAAGAAGCACAGUCAGUGGCAGAACAUAGUGGCUCAGAUAAAGCCAUUCUACACGGUGAAGUGCAACUCCACUCCCGCUGUGCUUGAGAUUUUGGCAGCUCUUGGAACUGGAUUUGCUUGUUCUAGUAAAACUGAAAUGGCUUUAGUGCAAGAAUUGGGUGUAUCUCCAGAAAACAUUAUUUACAUAAGUCCAUGCAAGCAAGUGUCUCAGAUAAAGUAUGCAGCAAAAGUUGGAGUUAAUAUCAUGACAUGUGACAAUGAAGUUGAAUUGAAGAAAAUUGCACGUAACCACCCGAAUGCCAAGGUCUUACUACAUAUUGCAACAGAAGAUAGUAUUGGAGGUGAAGAGGGUAACAUGAAGUUUGGCACUACCCUGAAGAACUGUAGGCAUCUUUUGGAAUGUGCUAAGGAACUUGAUGUCCAAAUUAUUGGAGUUAAAUUUCAUGUUUCAAGUGCCUGCAAAGAAUCUCAAGUAUAUGUACAUGCUCUAUCUGAUGCGCGAUGUGUGUUUGACAUGGCUGGAGAAUUUGGCUUCACAAUGAACAUGUUAGACAUUGGUGGAGGCUUCACAGGAACUGAAUUUCAAUUGGAAGAGGUUAAUCAUGUUAUCAGCCCUUUGUUGGAUGUCUACUUUCCUGAAGGAUCUGGCAUCAAGAUAAUUUCUGAACCUGGAAGCUAUUUUGUGUCUUCUGCAUUUACACUUGCAGUUAAUAUCGUAGCAAAGAAAGUUGUUGAAAAUGAUAAGUUUUCCUCUGGAGUAGGAAAGACCGGAAGUGAUGAACCAGCCUUCAUGUAUUAUAUGAAUGAUGGUGUUUAUGGUUCUUUUGCAAGUAAACUGUCUGAGGACUUGAAUACCAUUCCAGAGGUUCACAAGAAAUACAAGGCAGAUGAGCCUCUGUUUACAAGCAGCCUUUGGGGUCCAUCCUGUGAUGAGCUUGAUCAAAUUGUGGAAAACUGUCUUCUUCCUGAGCUGAAUGUGGGAGAUUGGCUUAUCUUUGAUAACAUGGGAGCAGAUUCUGUCCAUGAACCAUCUGCUUUCAAUGAUUUUCAGAGGCCAGCUAUUUAUUACAUGAUGUCAUACAGUGAUUGGUAUGAGAUGCAAGAUGCUGGAAUUACUUCAGACACAAUGAUGAAGAACUUCUUCUUUGUGCCUUCUUGCAUUCAGCUGAGCCAAGAAGACAACUUUUCCACUGAAGCUUAAGCAGGCAUUAACGCUUCUGUAGAUCUGAAGUUGCAGGUUAAUAAGCUUGUCUGGUCUACAUUCCAGUGUGGAAAAAAUUUGAACAAUCUUACUCUGUUAAUUCUCUUGGAAACAAAAACUACUAGUAAUAGCUAUUUGGGACCAGACAAAAUCAGCUCUAUAAUUCACUGGGGGUAAUUGGGAGAUUAAGAUAAUGUAUCCAGAUUUAAACCUACCAGUUUGCCCUACCCCUUAAGCGUUUAAAAUAAAAUAUGCAACAAAAUGGAUGACUUAGUGGAGAUGGAAGCCCAUUAAUUGGGUUCCCCAUUAAACCGUUUACAUACAAGUACACAGUUUUUAUACUAAGGAUUCGUGUUAAAAAGUCUUGUAAAGUUAAUGUCUUUCACCCAGAUAUAUCAAAUGUCAGUGGAAGACCGGUGUGACUUCAUUAGAUACGUUUAGUGUAUUUAGAAUGUGUAAAUUUGUGCUUUGAACUGUAGUUUAAUAAAUGUAAAAUUGCAUCAUAGUAUUUGUUGUAUUUGACCUAAUGUAACCCUUGUAUGAUUGCAAUAAAAUUUUGUGUAGAUUUUACUGUUUUUUCAGGCUAAAAUUUUGGGAAAGGGGCUAGCUAGCAAAGGUAGUUUUGAAAUAGAUGUGUAUCUGGGCUGUUUUGAAGGUUAUUUUCCUUUAUAGCCCAUUUAAGUUUAGUUUGGCUUAGUACAUUUUUCAGUUAUUUAAUUAGUAAUUUAAGUAAAAUGUUUGGUAAAUCAUUGUGAAGUUCAGAUUAAUUAUGGAGAGUUAAUGUGCAGUAAGCAUGAUGUUUAACAAUUUUAACACCAAAAAUGUUAAUCCUGCAUAAGCCAAUUGUAAUAAUUAAUAGGUGUUUCUGUAUAGAUAGAAUGCGUAGAGUACCUUAGUAAAUCUUUGAAUCACAAAUCUUUUGGCUGAAAUGGAAGAUUCUAUUAAAUACUCUGAAUAAACUUUGGGGAGGGAAAUGCAGAAAACUCUGCUGCGCACUAAAUCUUAAAGAAGGGCUACAUCUAUAUCCAGAAACCUGAUGCUCCUUUGCACGGAAUAUUAUUUAAAUUCAGAGUUGUGAGGGGGAUGGGGUGAAGCACACCUAUUUUCAAUUUCUCGAUUGCAGUGAUUUCAAACUUAGGGUUUGUUUUGUUGUUCGCUUAGUUUCCUGUUAUUUCCCAUCUGUUCAGCAGCUUAGUGUUAAUUAGUUUUCAUUCUUUUCAUACUAAAAUUUUAUGGUGAUUGGGGAAGUGAGUUAGAGUCACUGACAGUUGUUGCCAGGAAUUUGCGUUAUUCAUGGCUAGUAUAUUAGAAAUCCUAGAUCUCAGAAUCACAAUAGUAAUAAAGUAAACAACAGGGGUCAUUUUUUCCUAACUUACUCUAUGUUCAGAUGUGGAAUUUCUGUCUCCCAAGAGGAAAUGUGACUUCACUUUGGUGCCAAUGGACAGAAAAUUCUGCGUGUGCUACAUAGGAGAAGUUCGGAAUGCACUUAAUAGCUGGUUUUUACACCUUGAUUUCAAGGUGAAAAGAAAUUGAUCAUGAAUCUAAUAAAUUUCAAUCUCUUAAACCAGUAGGUGCUUAAUAUUUUUGAUUUGAUUAAUUCCCAUUUGAAUUUUAUGGGUUCUAUUAAUUGAAAAAGGACUCCAGUCCGUUGUCAUCUAAUUACCCUUGGAAUUUUCCAAGGUAUAAUGUGGGGUUUUAUGCAAAAUUCCAAGCUACCAUGCAACUUUUUUUAACUGUAAUGAGGAGGAGGAAUUGUUCCUAACCUUCUUUACAUGUUGUGCUUUUUGGUUCAGAAAUGCCAAAUCUUUUAAGAGAUGGUACAACUUUGAGUCCUUGGCUUGACUAUACAACUUUGAGCUUCAUGGCAUGUCAGUUUUGCCGUAUUUAAAGGAGAGCUAUUCUGUGUAUAACAGCUCAGAGUUGCAAGUACCACAUGUGAAUGAUAUGGUAACUUUAAAAAAUGUUUGUGUUGUAUUUGAAGACUGUUCGCCAUAAAUCUAAAGUUUGAUCUUAAUGUAUUUCAAUUUGGUAUGCUAAAAAAAGUACUGAAUUAAUGUAACAAUCUUUUUUUAAAAAAAAAAUCAAUAUUGUAAGUUCAGAAUUUAACUGAAAAUAUAAAACCCAAAUGAUUUCUAUAUAGUAAAUUGAACUGUAAAGGUAACUUGUGUGUGAUUCUGAAUACACAGAUAAAAUGUUUUUAAUUCCUCCUUA